UGGAGCGACCUGAUUCAUUUUACCUGUUACAAAAAGGGGGUUCUUCCCUUAUUCGUCUAUAAACAAAUUUCGUACUUACUACGGAAUGAUCUAGUCAAGCCUUCCUCAUGGAUUUUUCUCUCUCCGAAAUGGCCAGCCUUGAUGAAUCUUCCACUUUGGAGCUCAUCAGGCAAUAUCUCUUAGGAGACUCUUUCAACCUCGCUCAAAUCCAACCGUUGAAAACAGAGAACCAGUUUCUUGAUCCGGAACCAGACUCGCCAUGUUCAGAUCAACCCGUGUGGCAAGACCUGGAGACACCGAAUCCCGAGGUUAAAGCCGAGCCCAUCGACUUGGAAUCUCCGAAGUCCGAGCUAGGGUCACCGGAGAAGAGUCCGGUCGGGGCCGACUCCGUGGCAAGGGCGCGUUACAGAGGGGUUCGGCGAAGACCAUGGGGAAAAUUUGCUGCGGAGAUACGAGACCCGACCCGUAAGGGGAGGCGGGUCUGGUUAGGGACGUACGACACGGAUGUAGAUGCUGCCCAGGCUUACGACAGCGCCGCUUUCAAGAUGAGGGGCCGGAAAGCCAUCUUGAAUUUCCCUCUGGAGGCCGGAAAGUCGGCCCCGCCGCCGAAUCCCGGGCGCAAGAGGAGGAGGGCGGCGGUGAAGGAGGAGGAGUCGAAAGAAAGUCUAGAAGAUUGGCUGAUUGAGAUGUGGGCGCAGGAGGAAGGGGGUGAAGAUGAGUGGGACACGAGCGCUGACUCAGAGCAACGGUCGUUAGUAACCAGGACGAAGUGUUGUGACGACAUACGAAACAGUCAUCGUGUGUCCAUCGUAGACGGUGGGAUGUCGAGAUUAGCCUGAUGUCGACUAUGAUAUGAUGUACGAUACCAAAUGUUUGCGUCGGCAAGUCCCCAAACUCAUAGUGAGACGUACAAGACGGGGAGAGAGAGAGAGAGAGAGAGGAAUAAGGCGGCUAAGUCAAGGAGGCAUAAUUGACAAGUGCGGGUAAUUGGGAAUGAAUAUCGGUUGUGGUGCUUUCCAUGGCCAGCACAGGACAAGCGACCCGAGAGAAUCCAGGCAAAAUUCGUAAUGGUUGAGAAAGUUCGAGGUCUACGAAACUCAUCUGCUCGAGGGAGUAUAGUCCAUCUGUUUUUGUCCUAAGCAUGUUAACUAAUGCGUAUGUUAAGUGUGUGUUACUGUAAAUAUAUCAGUUUAUUCCGCAA